UCGGGAAAUCAGCCAAGUCUGAUACCAUAAAUGUAUAUAGUAUGAUCAAUAUACGACAGGCACGAUGGUGGAAUGUCGUAGGGCGAAUAAGUCAUCCUUAUUCGUCAACCAGAAUAUGGUCACGACGUUAUCUAUCCAAUUCCAGUUCAGUUAAUAAAACUACUAGCUUGAAUUAUGAUCCAUCAUUGAAAGGAGAUUUCAUUAACUUUGGAAUAUUACCAUUUUUACAAGGAAACUUAAAUAGAGUAUUGUUACCGGACUUUGAAGCUAAGGCUUUUCGACCGGAAUAUAAUGCGGGACCUAGUGAUGAACAGAUGAAGAUGUUAGCUGUACUUAAUUCCAAUAUAAGUCUUAUAUUAAAGGGUAAUUAUCAAACUGGUAAAUCCUUAGGAUUAUUAACUUAUGUUAUAAAUAGAGCAUUAAUUAGAGUUCCUAAUUAUGCCGCAUUAAAAUCAAAACAAGGUAUUGAAUCUAUAAUAAUAUUACCGUCAGAUGAAUUAAUUGAAGAAUAUCGUCAGAAUGCUUUAUUAUUAUUAGAUGGAAGUCCGGAAGAUUGUGCACCCAAUGAACUUAUACCAGAAAAUGUAAAUGCUAAUAAAAUUGAAUAUAAUAUUACCAGGAGACCCCUUAAUAUUAAAUUUGUUUAUUCUUCUCAUGACGAUAAUCUUAAUUUUAAAAGUGUUCAAACCGGUUCUGUUGAUAAAUCUAUGGCUCCACAAAUUCUUGUAACUAAAUUUGAUUAUUUAUAUAAGAUGAUUAAGAAUGAUGAAACUAAUGAUUUGAAAACAGUAGAAUUUAUUGGUGUUGAUGAAUUUGAUUAUUACUUAAAAGUUACAGAUUUAGGAAAUGAUACUAUUAUUGACAAAGUAGGAGUUAAAGAAAGAUGUAGAAAUCUACUCGAAUUUACAGUUAAAAAGAUUCAAGCACUUUCAUUAGAAAAUUUCAAGCAUACUUUAAAUCAAAACGAAUCCAACUUAAGAAGAUCCCGUUCUUCUGACAAGCGCAAGGAUCAUAAUGUGGUGUAUAAACCAUUACAAUUUUGUUUUUUAAGUCAUGCUGAACAUCCCCAUAAAUUAAUGCUCAAUAUGAAAGAUGCUACAAAGUUCAAUAAGGAAUCCGCUGAUAUUGAAGAUGCUAAUACCAACGAGCAACUAUUGGAUUCGUUAGAUAUUCAGAAAGCAUUUAUUGAGAAAAUGAUUCGAUUCAACAAUGAACAAAGAUUAACAAGAGAGAAAGAAAGAUCUUUGGUGUUUAUUGAAGAAGGGUUCCUGUACCCAAAGAACAACCGUAUAACUGAAGAAGAAGUAGUAGUAGAAGCAGAAGAAGAAGAAAGUAUAGAUAAAAAGAAACAUAAAAUUAAAGAUGGAAAAAUAGAAGCUUACUUCAUUUCCUUAGAACCUCAAUAUCAAAAGGGGAAUAAACAUGCCCGUUGUCAUAUCAUUAGAGAUAUAGAUGUUGAGAAAAAUAAACCUAUCAAUCGACAAAUACUUAAACUCAUGGAUGAUCAUAUAGAAGUUGCACAGAAUGCCUCUAAGAAACUUAAGGUAUUUGAAAGAGACUUAUUGAAAUUCAUGAUGAUAGACAAUGAUCAAACUUCAGCUAUGACUGAAUGGAUAAGAGAUUUUGUUUAUUUAUAUCGUUUGAAAUAUGGUAAAGAGCGUAACUUAGUUAUAGUUUUACCAUCUAAUACAAAGGUUCAAGCAAUGAUAAAAGAGCUUAAUGAGAAGAAAGACGUUGAAAAUUCAUUUAGUGAGCUUUUUGAAAUGGAUCUGGUAAGUCCAAUAAAUUUAAUGAGAGGGAAAGUUGGUACUAAUUAUAUAGCUACUGCUCCUCAAUUAUUGGGUAUUAAUAUUCAUGGAAUGUCUGAUAUUGCAAUCAUGGAUUUUAAGUCACUCAUACCUCAAACUGCCUUUAUGGGAUUAUCGGAAAAUAUAGAAACUAUUAAUGGUAUUACUGAUCCGUAUGGUGAUUUACUAUCAUUUUAUUUAAGUAGAUUAUUAAUAUCACCUUCGUCUAAGAAAAAGAGAAUCUUUUUCAAUGUGGGAUCUAAACCAGGUUUAGGUUUAAAUGAUCAAGAGUAUCAAUUUAAUCUUACCCGUUUAGGAUUAAUGCUUGCCUAUAAUAAUAUGUGGAAUCUUAUUGAAAUUAAAAAGUUUAAUGAUCCAUCAAGAUCAAUACCAAAUGAAAAGAAGAAUUUGAAAAAGAUACCUAAACGAUUUAGAGAUUAUCUUAGUGCAACCAAUCCUCCUGAAGAUUCUUUACUGUAUAAUAUGACUGAAGAUCAAUUUAGUAAAAUUCGAGGAGCUGUAAUACGAGCAAUAAGAGAUAAAUCUAAGAAAGGAAUUCUAAAUAAUUCUAAAUGAUUCUAAAUGAUUCUAAAUGAUUCUAAAUGAUUCUAAAUGAUUCUAAAUGAUUCUAAAUAAUU